AUGAACGACGAUAACGGUUCACAGGCCGCCAAAUCCAACAAGAUCAAAUCACAAAAGUUGCUGUGUCUGUGGCCAUUGCCAAUUAUGACGCGGUAUUUUAUUGCAAUUUCUUUGUUCUUAUCCACGCUCAGCACGUUUGGUUUUUUACGAUUCACGUGCUCCUCACCUUCCUACGUGAUUUACCGACACGAUAUCGCCAAUCUGCUGUUAUCGCCCUUUAUCUUUUCCGGAUCCUUGCACGCUCUACUUUUGUUUGGUUGGAACGUCUUGAUCCUUGGACUUUUUGAAGAAUCCUUGGCCCAUAUGCUGGGAGGUACUCGUCGAUUUGUUCAGGUCCUCUUUUGCAUGUUCUUGGCCGUGGCCGGUCUACGUCAAGCCAUCGGUUAUCUCUUUUCCAAAUCCACCGGCUGGGCCGUACCAAGUUUGUUUUUCAGCAACGCCCUGCACGAAUGUAAUCAAGGAAUUGCUCCGUUUCUGUUUUCUUUGUUGGUGGUCCAGUCGUUGAGCAUCGAUGACAAGUAUAUCUUGAUGUAUGGCAAUGACGAUACGAACCACAAAGUGACGGUGCGCAAGGUGACGCUUCAGUUAUUCAUGUGCAUGGUCAAUUACGCAGGCAAGAACAUUUUAUGGUGGUCUUUGACGGGAUUACUUGUGGGAUACAUGGCCAUGUUGGCGAUCCAGGCUAGUUUGGCCAGAGAUAAAAAGCAUCAGCACGAUAUCAACGAUGUGAGUGAGUUUAUCAAAGUGGAACAUUAUCGACGUACCCCAUUGUGGCGAUUGCUGUGGACGGCUGUCAAGCAAGGCACGGCCCUAGUUCUGGUCACUUUACCUCUGUUAUUCAUCUGCAACCAAUAUUACACGCGAGAAGUACUCGUGGAUCCCGCCGUGCUGAACCAAAUCACACACGAUCGAUACCUGUUUUCUUUUGUCAUCAUGACCGCGCCUCGGCGUGGCAAUCCUGCCUUUCUAUCACGGACAUUGGAAUCGUAUUUAACCAACUGGCCCGUGAAUCCCGAACCCGGUUCAUUGUACGAUCGUAUGCAGAUGCUCGUGUAUACCCACUUCACCAAUCAUACCCAGUACGACGUGGCAAGACACAACUAUGCCGAUGACAGUCGAGGUCGGCAUUAUCUGAAAUGGAUCCGCGAAGACGGCAACUUGUUGAACCAGCGAGCGCAUGUCAGCAAAGCACUGAGUUUGGCGGCCGAUCAGUAUCAAAGCACGUAUAUUGCGCUUGUCGAAGAUGACUUCCCCGUGUGCGGCAGCCGAGAAUGGCGUCACAUUGAGAGUGUGAUCUAUGCCGCGAAUCAGCAAGUGCCCGGUCACUGUGGCGUGUUUGUCGGUACCGGUGGCAGUGGUCUCUUUAUGAAACCCAAGAUUGCGAAAUUGGCGUCGGGCUUGCUUUUAAAGUACAACGAUAUGCCUCCGGAUAUCAUUUUGCAGAAAUGUUUAAUGGGCGAUCUACCGGAAUGCGGCGAGUGCAGUCAAACGCUCGUCACAAGUAAGACGCUGCUCAUGUAUCACAUUGGAUUCAACACCUCGACGAGCCAAGAUCGAUCCUAUAAAAAGGACGAAUUUCAAUGUGGAUGGCGCCACCCCUUUGUAAGUAUAAAAACAUGUCCACGCAGAGAACCACAAACUAAUAUUGAUGUAUGA